CCUCAUCUCAUCAUCAUCCACUUGCAUUGCUUCGUCUCAUACCCCCCUCCUCUUCCAUUCCCCCGAACACACGCUCCGCUUCCACGCAUGCCUGCGCUCAUGUUGAAUCAUCACUCGCCCGCCUGAAAGACCACCGCAGUCGUGCCGUCUCUCUGCCUCCACCGGACCUGGCGACCCGACAACACCACACCUAACCCCUUCCCGCUCCUCUCCGUUACCUCACCUCACCUCACUUUACCUCACAGCCUCCAUCUAUCCCCAAGGGCUACCAUCCCUCCGUACCGGCCCCACUCUGGCGCAGUCGCGCGCAAUGAUGGCCCCUGCCUUGACAGGCUCGACCACCACGGCCACAUCGUCACGCAGAAGCUCAACCUCAUCCAUAUCCCUUCCCUUUGCGACUCCUCCCACAUCCCCAAAGUCCGCCACCAGCCGCAUCCCAAAGCCCUCCUCCUCUUCCUCUCUCAGCUCAUCGGCAAGAGUAUCCAGCGGUAAAGCACGUUCAAGAUCAGUUUCCAACGGUGCCGGUAACGGUAGCCCAAUAGCUUACCGUGCCGACCGGCUAGUGCUGCCCUCCGUGUCGCCCGCCCCUUCGUCAUCUUCCACUCCCAACGGCCGUCGUCCAUCGCUCCCCUCAUCUCGUUCCGAGGGCAAAGAUCGUCUGGUGGGCCCUAGCGGCGUCGCCGGCCCGAGCCACGUACCAGUACCGCGUGUACCGUCAACGGUGCAAGGCUUGGUUCUAGUUGGCAGUGCCGCGGCCACCAAGAUUCCUGCCGCAGGGCCGUCUGGUUACUCGUCGUCGCCCACAUACACAGCGCCGCCGGGCGCACGUGAGUGGAAUCGUUCCUCUCCAUCUCCGGCGGCGACCAUGCAGCGCGUGACUUCGGCGGAAGGCUCGGCUCGAACUGCAAUGUCGACCAAUGCGUCGGGACCACGCCGUCAACGGUCAGCCUCGUCGUUACCUCGCCGCACAACUGCCUCGCCCCAUAUGCCGGUCCCCGGCCGCCUUCCAUCGAACGCCACCCCCCUUCCUCGAGACGCCCCCACAAUCGCCGUUUCACAAGCUUCUCCUGCACGGUCACAUUCACGGCCGUCCUCCAACCCUUCUCACUCUUCCUCAUCACCACACGCUGAGCAGGCGUCCUCAUCGUCAACAACACCUCACCGAACACCUCGGCGGCAGCAGCGAUCUCGUGGCUCAACGCCUCAGCCCUCUCACGCGUCGUCGUCUCCCUCUGGCAACGGAGGGAAUGCUCGAAACAUUCCUGGCGAUCGCCCUCCUCACACUAAAGUUAACGGUGUCGGUUACCGCCAGAGUUCUACUCCUCGGUCAUCUGCACCAGCAAGUCGCGCAACGUCACGCGAGUCGUCCCCAUCCCGGUCGAAAGGCAGGCAGAGGUCGGCGCAAGGACAAGCGCACGCGUCGCUUCGGCGCCAGCGCGGCGAAUCUGCCUCCGGGCCUUCAUCCGGGCGAGGGUCUGCACAAGACGACGCACGCUUCGUGUCGCUGUCUACAACGCCCACUGCCUCCUCCUCACGGAGCCGCAUCCCGCGGAGAGAGGACGCAUCCCCGUCGCGACUGAUGAUGGCCUCUCGAGAAGUCACCGAGCCACCACCACGAUUAACGGCCUCGUCACCCCCUUCACGCGUCACCUCUGACUCGCAAGGCUUUGGGACCGAAUCUUCACACAAUUAUUCCACUCCUCCACCUCUAUCCGGAUUACCGCGGCGUGGUGGGUCGUCAGGCAGGCAAUCGGGCCGACAGCCCAAAACGCCCCAACCUUCCCCCACCCCCAACUCCCCUAUGCUUUCGACCGGUCCACCUCCUCCGCCUAUGUCGAAUCGCCGGCUGAGCGUUCCUCCACAGGCUCGACAACCAGCUGUCCCCAACUCGACCCCGCCAGUGCCUGCGAAAAGUCCACUGAGAGCCCUCAAUGUCUCCGUAUCCUCCAGCGCCGUUGCUUCAAAACGGCAGAGUCGCGCGGUGGUCGCUUCUGAGGCCCCCCUCACGUCACCGGUACCGCCCGUGCCUCCACUCCCAGAUGGUCUGUGUCCUGCACCAGAAUCAUCUACACCGCUUGCGCAUCCUGCCUCACCACGAGAAGAAGCAUCUUCACCAACUGCGCUGGAGGAUGUGCGAACACCGCGCCCGAGCGUUUCCGCACCGAGGACUGACGGCCCACAAGGGUCACCUCUGGCCGCGUUAGCUUCGCUGUCAGUUGCUGAUAACGCCGUUUCUCUCAACUCCGGACCGCCUUCUGACUCUGGCGGCGACACCACGACAGGUAGCACCAACGGCGGCCUGACGAUUCCACCAAGGGCAUCAUCGUUUGCCAGCUCCCCUGAGCAGCUGCCUUGGUCUCACUCGUCCAGAGAUGCAGGGUCGGUGGCAGCCACGCACGGCCACUCAGACGAUCACGCUCAAGGAGCCACAGCAUUCCCAGAGCCAUUGGCUGAGACAGCACGAGCGCUCGCACCUUAUUCCUCGCUAGGAGAUGCUCAUGAGGUGCUCCUGGCUUCACCGGAUCAAGCCAAAGCACGCCUGUCCGUGUCGACAUCGUCGACCUCUGCACCGGUCACGCCCGCGCCCUCCAUUCCAGGGAGAUCGAUGCAACUCGGCGAUUCGCGUCCCACAUCCGAAGUUGAAACUACAUCAUCCGGCGACUUCCCGUCGACCUACAGCCCCGAUUCGGCUCCACCAUCGGCUCCAGCGUCUUCCGUCAAUCUGUGGGCUGUCGGCGCACGGUACGAGAGCCCAGCUGAUGAGACGGGGCCGGCCAUGCACGUCCGCGGCGCCAACGACCAUCAGGAGACGCUGAUAGAUGGCGUGUUAUGGGGCCAGAAGCGCAAUUCCUCCCUUCAGCUACCACCGCCAUCCAAGGGGGAUAACCCGACUACGCCUGUGACGAACACCUUCGUCGACAAGGACUUGCCGGCUACUCCUCGCACUCCAAGGACACCAAAGUCGCCAAAGACGCCAAAGACGCCGAAAACAGCCCAGCGUCCGGGCCAGCACCCCACAAUGCGCUCGCCUUCCAUGCCUCAGAUAGGUGUCAAACGAACACAGAACGGAAAGGUUGUGGAGGUUGAGGCGCCUCUCGGCUCACCCAGCUUCCCGCGGUCGAACACCGGGCCCGUUGGUGUUGGUCUUCAGCCGCCUAUGUUGUCCCCUCGGCCCCAAGAUGGUUCAGCUCGGCCGCAGAGCAUGCUCAUUGCGUCGACUCCCGUCACCAGGUCCCCCUCGCCCCAGCACAUGUCGCGCCGUAGCCAUCUCUUGCGCGAGAUUGCGCACACAGAGCGCACGCACGCCACGGAUCUCGCCCUCAUCCGUGACGCUUACAUCGGGUCAUUUUUCCGCCCCGAUUCGGGUUUCCAGCUUGGAUCCGAGGCCAGCACGCCGCCCAUGGACUCGUCGCGUCACUCUAGACGCAGUUCGGCAUACGGCUCGCCAAUGGAGGAGCUAGGCAGGCGCAUCAGCGCUCAGCAGAGUGACAUGCCUCGGCGGACAAGCGGUCAUGACGGCGGAUUGCGUACCAGUGGCUACCAAGUUGAUGGACCCAUGCGCCGCACCAGUGGACAUGAGCGGAGAGCCAGCGGGGCCGACUCUGCCUGGUCCAAUACAUGGAGCGGUAUCAUGUCGCCAGUCAUCAAAAGCCCGCGCACAGACAUGGGAGGCAGCUCAGUGGACUUGUCGUACUCUGCAUCAGGAGCGGCGUCAUCAUCAACUUCGCUGCUACCCUCGCCAAAGGUUCCAUCGACCCCAUCAUCCAUGAGUGGGGUGGCCCGCUUCGGCGCCGGUAUGGUUCGGCCGCUAUCACAGGCGGACAUCAAGACCAUCUUCCUAAAUAUUGGGGCCAUGGCUGCCGUCUCUGACACUCUUGCGACUGAGCUUGAGGCAGCUCUCGGCAAUGCGGAAGAUGAGACCGCCACACCGGGUGGAGGCAACGGCACGGAUCGUGUGGGGGAGGUAUUCCUCAAGACACUGCCUCGGCUUCGUCCUCUGUACACGUACUACUGCUCGCGGCAGGCACAGGCGAGCGCGCGCCUCCAGGAACUGCAAAACGAUCCGUCGUACUCGGCGCAUCUUCACGAGUGCUGGGCCAAAGUCAAGGCACACACCCAUGCGUGGAAUCUCGACUCGAUGCUUAUCAAGCCUGUCCAGCGCGUGACCAAGUAUCCGUUGCUGUUCGAAGACCUGUUGUCGUGCACUACUCCAGCUCAUCCAGACUAUUUCGCUAUCCGUCAGGCCGCUGAGGGGGCCAAGUCGCUCGCAUUGGAGGUUGAUGAAGCCAAGCGCCGCAAAGACGUUAUUUCGAACGUCAUGAAUGGCCGUUCGAGCGUCAUUGGCGGACGGUCGUCGUCGUCCGUCAACCUCGUGAAGGACCCGAAGCGUGCCGGGGGAGGUCGUCUGCUCGGGCGGUUUAAGAAAGACAAGGCGCCAUCGGGGCACGACCAGAACGCGAUUCUUCACAUUACGCCGUACGCCCAGUCGCAGCUCAAAGACUUGGCUAAGCGCCUGUCCGACUGCGAGCGCAACGUGCGGAGGUUGCUUGUGGAGCUCCCGGACUGGUGUGAGGCCGCUAGGUUGCUCCUGCGCCAGAAGAUGGAGAUCAACAUUUAUUUUCUCAAGUGGUAUGCUCUUGGGCGAAGAGUUACGAACGAUGAUAGAAUCGAAAAGGUCGCUCGUUUCUCGGGUGUGCUGGACAACAUCCUGACGGGGGCAUGGGAGGAGCUGAACCAAACAGUGCGCAACUCCAUCCUCGUCAACCUGGAGAAGCUCCGCGAGACAACCAAGAACCCGCUGGCAAUCAUCGCCAAGCUCGACGAGAAGUCGGACGUGUACUCGCGCUAUGUUGCACACCGACAGGCGAAGAAGUCGAUUGAUAAGGUCUUGCUGCAGGAGGCAAACGAGUACGUCACAGUGCACUCGCAGUUGCUCGAGGAGCUGCCAGCGUUUCUGGAGGGAUUUACGCGCAUCUACGAGAUGUCGCUGGGAGCGUUCGUCGGGGCGCAGAAGAAGUACUUUGAAACUCUGCGGGAUACGCUCGCACUGUUCUCAGCGCAGUACCUCAGCGAGCCGAUGGAGAUGUCCAUGGUCGGGAACACAUACAAGGAGGUACGCAUGGAUGUGUCGACACCGCGCGGGAUCCACAAGGCCUGGCUCGAGCGUCACAGGGAGCCGAACAAUAUUAUGAAGAGCCUGCAGAUUACCGGCGGCGACGGAGCGCGCGACGCGCAAAUGCGGGCGAACAACCUCAACGCCGGUCACAUGAGCCGAGCUAGCGGCGGAAGCAGCGGGAGCGCGCCUAGCUCUCGGCGCUUCACGGCAUCCUCGCGACCGCCAUCGCAUCGGAAGAUGCCCUCGUUUGAUGCAAGAUCAUCGACUCUGCGCAACACCCCUACCGGCACCGCAUCGCAGCACUCAUCAAUGGAGCCCCCGUCGAGCGCGUCCAACCCACGUCGGCGGUCUAUUAGCUUGAACGUUGACACGCCGCCAGGCUCAACUGGACCGGAGCUGAGACCCGACUCUGGCUCGAUCUUCGGGAGCUUGAUCAGAAGAGCAAGCCACCGUGAACGACGGCGCGAGAGCAGUACCAGCCUUCUUGAUUCGCGCAGUGGUAGUGUCAGCGGCAGCAGCAGCAACCCGAGCGCCCGCUCCACGAUGAUGAUGAAGCGCCCGUCGCUGCGACGCGAAAAGAGUACCAGCGCGAGAUCGUCGGCAGCUCAGUCGCACUCGGAGGAGAAUGACCGGCUGUCGUUCGGGCUGCCGCGGAUACCCACCACCAACGACAGGUUCCUCUUCGACAACCUGUCAAUCGAUAGCCGUAAGAAUGAGCCGGUUUACGAAUCGCCAGUCACGUAUGAACGCCAGGACAUCGGCCUCUCGGCGCUAGGUUUGGGGAACACCACGCCCCCCUCGGAUGCGUACUACAACAAGCGGACCCCGCCCGACGGGUACUUUCUUCAGCCGCCGCGCGAGCCGCACAGCGAGGAUGCGACGCCCGAGACAUACACGACGCCGAUGGGAAUGGACGAGCCCGACGCCGGCGAGACAUGGCGCAACGCGCGCGUCCUGUACUCGUGCUGCGCCGUUGCCGACUUUGACCCAAUAGAGCUUGGAGACCUGCGUUUCAACGGCCUCCGCUUCCUCCCGCUGCUAGCGGGCGACAUGGUCGACGUCUUCCACGAAAUUGGCCGUGUAGCCGAACUGCGCGACUUCCCGUACUCACAGGCAGGGGUAGACAAUGAUGGUGCAGUUAUUGCACGCUCAGAGAAUGGGCUUAUUGGUGUGGCGAUGUGCAGCUUCCUGGAGCCGCUGCGCUCGUAGCAUGAAACCUUGUAGCAUGUAGGACAGUGGAGAUCAGCACUACAUUUGUAUGCGAUACGCGAUCGGUGAUGUAGCAGAUACGCAGAUGCAGCGGGAUGAUUGAGAG